UUUACUUUUUGAGGGAUUGAAGGGUUUGAGGGUUUUAUGUUCUCUGGAGGGAAAAGAAGGAUCUAGACGUGGCGAGAGCGGCCUUCCUGCUUGCUGCUUUUCGGAUGUCCCGUUGGGAGUUUCGGGGACUGGGCCGGGGGUGCUGUGCCUCCCGCGCACGCGGGGCAACCGGGGCCGCACGGAAGGUGGAACUUGAUGUUCACUGUGCCCCUCUGGGAUCUCGGAGCCGGGCUUGGGGCUCCCUUCUUCCCGCUGGACCGGGUUCCAGUCCCCGUUUUGAAAGUCCCUCUCCACCCUUACGUCUCUCGCCCGCCGCGCUCCUCGGCCCUCCCCCCUCCAGAUGGGAGGCUGGCAUUGGCCGUCCUCCACGGUUGACCGGGAGCUCGGCUCUGAGCUCAUGCUCCAAGUAUUUUGGGGUUACGGCGCGGAUCCCGCAAGUGAAGGGACUCGGGAUACUGCGGGAACGUGGCUGGUUGGAGUUUCCUGAGUGUUUAUGAACUGUAAAAAGUUGAUCCCGAGUCUAAAAAAUGGAUUCUAACUGUAACGGAGACAGUGAGCCUGAGAAAAUUGUUUUUUUUUUUUUUUUUUCUUUUCUUUUCUCCAGUGUUCACUUGUUUGCUGGAAGAACAGAGCAGGAAAAUGCCGAAGGCCUAUUUUAAUAAUAAAACUGUUGUUUUUCAGUGAUAGUAAGGUUACAAAUGUAAAAUCUUAUUUUUUACAAAGUAGAAGGGUAUGGGAACUUGUUGCAUAAUCUUAAAGGUAGGCUGCUUACAUUAUUUUGGAUGAUAGUAAAGGAUGAACGUACGCGCUGUGCUUGAUGAUCCUCAGAUCGGAAUCUUGGAAGUAAAUAUCAGAAAAGUUGGGGACUGUGUUAGGUAGUUCUGUGCUGAUGGUUGCACAGGUUGGCAUUACUCCCACCGGCUCUCCCAGGUAUGCACAGAAAUGCCUGGCUUUCCCAUUUCUUUGUGAGGAACAGGGAUGUUUCCAGGAGCAUUGAGGAUUACAAUUCAGGUCACAAGUCUGGGUCUUUAACCUAAGCGAAUCCUUUUGUGGAACGGAAGUUUGAGAACAUGCUUUCUGUUUCUCCUGAGAAUAAAAUGCCUUCAGAGUGGUUUCUUAGAUAGAAAACGUAUUUGGCUUAGAAAAGUGAAAUGUUUGGCAUUUGGAUCAGUGAUUUGGACAGAGGUUAAAAAUCAAGCUGUCAGAAGUUAAAAUUACACCUUAUUUUAGGAUGUGUUUACCCAAACUAAUUUUGGAGAAAUAGUGCCUUAACCAUGUAACUGCCUAUGGUCCACGUUGUUGCUAAUAUUUCAGGCCACGUGGUGUUAAAAUCUUACUGAUUGGUCGUUGCCCUACAUGUAAAACGUUUUUGGUCUUUUUAUUUAUUUAAAGAAAAUGCUUUAGCACUUGAAUUUUAAAAUGUGAUAGUUUUUAAAAAUUCUUGCUGGAACUUCCUUGGAUCUGCUCACUUUCUGCUAUUCUAAGCUAUCAGCGGCAUAUUUUGGAAUAGUUGCUGAGUCAUCAUGAAUAGCAGGGAGCUUCGUGACAUGGCAUGUUUCAUAGUCAUUGAGUGUCUGAGGGUUUUGUGGAAAAACUGAAGCUGUUUAGAUGUGCAGUACGAGGUUGGAAGAAGAAUGAGAGGUCUGGCCCUGGGAGCUGGUGGCUACCGGGCAGAGCCUGGGAGGCCGGGCUGACGGUGCAGGCACCCAGUGCUGCAACUGCUGUGUGUCAAUUGACUUGUCAUUUCCUGUUUUGACUUCUGAUUUAGCUCUGCUGAGGUGUCUGGAGCUUUAAAAUUUCUUCCUUUAAUGUGUGACCUUUACAUUGUCAUUUUGCUUGAAGUUAUGGAAAUAAAUCUGUGAGGUUACUCAACUAAAUAAUGAGUAACUGUUGAUAUGUUGGUAAUCUUCUCCUGCCUUUUCCCCAACACCUUUAUCUUUUGAUCCAGAUGCAUUUAAGAAAUGAUGUGGGGGUUUUUUUGUUUGUAUGUUUUUUCAAGUUGUGAGACUGUGGUUUGUUCUGUUCAGUCUGCUUUCGUGUGUAUGUGAGUGAGAGAGAAAGAAAGAGAGAGAAGCUCAGAAAGACAACUCCGGGGAAAGGGUCAGACUGCUUCCUAGCUGCCGCAUGGCCAGACAGUAGCUGCCACAGGCACACCAGACCCCUGCCUUCGGAAGAACCUACUGCCACCUCCUGGGCAUUCUCAGCAGGGUUACAGAAUCUGUGAAGAACAUUGUACCAGGGUGGCUACAGAGAUACUUCAACAAAGCUGAAGAUGCGUGCAGCUGUUCAGCAAACACAAGCGGGGUGCCGCAUUGGCCCGAAAAUACAGAAAAUGAUCAUAUGAUAUAUGCCAACGAGGAGAACUCUAACAUCAGUGAUGGCAGACUCACUCCUGAGCCAACAGUCAGUAAUACAGAAGAACCUUCAACAACUGGUACUGCUUCGAAUUAUCCAGAUGUAUUAACGAGGCCUUCUCUCCAUCGGAGCCAUCUGAAUUUCUCUGUGUUGGAAUCCCCUGCGUUGCAUUGUCAGCCAUCUACAUCCUCAGCAUUCCCAAUUGGCAGUUCUGGAUUUUCCCUUGUGAAGGAAAUUAAAGAUUCUACCUCACAGCAUGAGGAUGAUAACAUCUCAACUACCAGUGGGUUUUCUUCAAGAGCUUCUGAUAAAGACAUAGCUGUCUCAAAGAACACUUCCUUGCCGCCUCUGUGGUCCCCAGAAGCUCAGAGUUCUCAUUCUCAUUCCCUCUCCCAGCACACUGCCACCAACUCAAAGAAACCAGCAUUCAACCUGUCUGCCUUUGGAACACUUUCCCCUUCAUUUGGGAAUUCUUCAGUCCUUAAAACAAGUCAGCUUGGAGAUUCCCCCUUUUAUCCUGGAAAAACAAUGUAUGGUGGAGCAGCAGCUGCUGUAAGACAGUCUAAACAACAGCAUACACCAUAUCAGGCUCCAGUCAGAAGACAGAUGAAAGCCAAACAGCUGAAUUCACAGUCUUACGGUGUGACCAGUUCAACAGCUCGGCGCAUAUUGCAGUCCCUAGAGAAAAUGUCAAGCCCGCUUGCUGAUGCAAAAAGAAUUCCAUCUGUUUCUUCAUUCAAUUCUCCUCUUGAUAGGAGUGGGCUAAUUAUCUCAGAUCAUCAGGCUAAAAGCCAAAAGGUGGACUCUCAGUAUCCCCCUGUGCAGAGACUUAUGACCCCAAAGCCCAUUUCUAUAGCAACAAAUCGAAACAUGUAUUUUAAACCAUCUCUGACCAUGUCUGGUGAACUGAGGAAGAGUAAUCAAAGAAUAGAUAAAAGACACAGUACUGGAUGUGAAAACAACAUGACAUCAGGACAAAAUGAAGAACGGGAAAGUGGGUUUUCAUACCCAAAUUUUGGUGUGCCAGCAGCCAAUGGCUUAUCUCCUGCAGUACGUGGUGGAGGUGGCAAAAUGAGGCGAGAAAGGACACAUUUUGCUGCUUCUAAACCUCCAGAAGAGGAAGAGGAAAUGGAAUUACCAGUAUUACCGAAAAUUUCUCUACCUAUCACCAGUUCGUCACUACCUGUCUUCAAUUUCAGUCCCCCUGUGAGCACAGCAUCCUCUCUGUCACCCAUCAGUUCUCAGUCACUGACAAACAAGGUACAAAUGACCUCUUCCAGCAACACUGGCAGUCCCAUAUUUAGAUUUUCAUCUCCAAUCAUAAAAUCUACUGAGGCAGAUAUACUACCUCCAUCAUCUAUUGGAUUUACAUUUAGUGUGCCUAUUGCAAAAACAGAACUGACUGGUUCUAGCAAUGCUUCAGAAUCAAUUAUAAGUAGUUCUGCUCAAGAUACCACUGCAGCAAACAGCAGUACAAGCUGUACCAAGAGGCAAGGUGAAGAUUAUGAGGGUCCUUUUAGACCUGCAAAAACUAUGAAGGAAGGGAGUGUUCUUGAUCUUCUGAAAAACCCUGAUUUUGCGUCACCGAAGGUAGAUUGUCUUGCUGCUCCGCCCACCACAACAAGCCCGGUAGUUUAUACAAGACCAGCAAUAAGUAGCUUUUCUUCUAGUAGUAGUGGAUUUGGGGAAAGCUUGAAAGUUGCAUCAUCAUGGCAGUGUGAUACAUGUCUAAUCCAAAACAAAGCUACAGAUAACAAGUGCGUAGCCUGUCAAGCAGCAAAAUCGCCACCGAGAGAUAGUGUCAAACAGACUGAAAUUGGGACACCAAGCAAAAGCAGCAAAGCAACUCUUCCUGCAUCAGGAACUGGCUUUGGAGACAAAUUUAAACCAGCAGUAGGAACUUGGGAUUGUGACACGUGUUUAGUGCAGAAUAAACCUGAAGCAAUAAAAUGUGUAGCCUGUGAAACGCCGAAACCUGGGACUGGUGUGAGGCGCACCCUGACUUUGACAGCUGCUCCGGAGAGUGCUGUGACCGUGACUGCCUCGUCUGCCAGCUGCACCGCGACCUCUGGUUCCUUAGGAUUUGGAGAUAAAUUCAAAAGGCCUGUGGGGUCUUGGGAGUGUCCAAUAUGCUGUGUUACUAAUAAUGCAGAAGACAAUAAAUGUGUGUCCUGUAUGUCUGAGAAACCAGGAAGUGUACCUGCUUCAAGUAGCAGCUCUGUUCCUGCGUCUGUGGCUUCUGGAAGCUCUCUGGGAUUGGACAAGUUCAAGAAACCUGAGGGAAGCUGGGACUGUGCUGUGUGCCUAGUGCAGAAUAAAGCAGACGCUACCAAAUGUGCGGCGUGCGAAGCGGCAAAGCCAGGCACACAGUCGGAGUUCACAGGCUUUGGUACAUCAUCUGCAUCUUCGAACUCAGCAGACUCCCCCUUCAAAUUUGGUAUCCCAUCAUCAUCAUCUUCAUCUUCUGGUUCUUCUCAAACUUUAACAAACACUGGAAAUUUUAAAUUUGGAGAUCAGGGAGGAUUCAAAAUAGGCGUGUCAUCUGAGUCUCUGUCCGGAAAUCCUUUGAGUGAGGGCUUUAAGUUUUCCAAACCAGUGGGAGAUUUUAAAUUUGGAGUUUCAUCCGAUCCUAAACCUGAAGAAGUUAAAAAAGACAGUAAGAAUGAGAAUAAGUUUACAUUUGGACUUUCUUCUGGGUUUAGCAACCCAGCUUCUUCAGCUCCAUUGCAAUUUGGGAUAUCUAACCUUGGGCAACAGGAAAAGAAAGAAGAAGCUUCUAAAUCAUCUGCAGGCUUUAGCUUUGCUACAGGUGUUGUUAACUCCACGCCUACUGCUAACAGCUUAGUGACCUCCGAGAACAAGAGCAGCUUCAGCUUUGGAAGCACAGAAACCAAGAGUGUCUCCAUUGCUCCUUUCACCUGCAAGACGCCGGAAGCAAAGAAAGAAGAAAUGUCUGCGCCCAAAGGAGGGUUUGGUUUUGGUAGCGUGGAACCUGCCUCUCUGCCAACUGUCACAAGGUACACUUUGGGAAUGACAGACGAGAAACAGCAAGAGCCUGUCACUUCUACAUCUCUUGUUUUGGGGAAGAAAACUGACAAAGAAGAGCCAAAGUGUCCACCAGUGUUUUCCUUUGGAAAUUCAGAGCAAACCAAAGAUGAGAGUUCAAAGGCAACGUUUAGUUUUAAUAUGGUAAAGUCAUCUGAGAAGGAAGCAGAACAGCCAGGAAAAACCACUUUUGCUUUUGGAACCCAAGCCAGUACCACAGCUGCAGAUCAAAGUACAGCAAAACCUGUUUUUAGUUUCUUGAACAACUCCUCUAGUUCAAGUAUACCAACCACUACAACUGGUAGUGGUAGCAUCUUUGGUAAUUUAACCUUCUCCUCCAGUCAGCCGAUGUCAGCCUUUGUGUUUGGACAGUCCAGCAACCCUGUGAGCAGUCCUGCUUUUGGUAACUCUGCUGAGCCCAGUACUUCUCGAUCUCUGCUGUUUUCUCAAGAUAACAAGCCAGCAGUCACAUCCAGCACAAGUACAGCUUCCACCUCAUUGGUCUUUGGUUCGGGCACCAGCAGUAACAGUGCUGCUGCAACCUCUGGCUUUGCCUUCGGAGCUACAACCACAUCUAGCUCUGCAGGAUCCUCCUUUGUAUUUGGUACAGCAGCUUCAGCACCAUCUGCCAGUCCAGCAUUUGGUGCUACCCAGACCCCAACAUUUGGACAAAAUCCAGGUGCCACCCAGCCUGCUCCUCAAGGCUUUGGAUCUGUCUCAUCGUCAACAGCGUUGUUUUCUGCUGCUUCCCAGCCACCUGCUUUUGGGACAGUGUCAAGCAGCAGCCAGCUUCCUGUGUUUGGGCAGCAGCCUACUCAGUCUGCAUUUGGCUCUGGAGCAGCUCCUAAUUCUGGUUCGGUUUUCCAGUUUGGUAGCAGCACAACAAAUUUCAACUUCACAAACAAUAAUCCAACAGGCGUUUUUACCUUUGGAGCAAGUUUGAGUACGCCUGCAGCCUCAACGCAGCCUUCAGGCUCCGGGAGCUUUCCCUUUAACCCGACUCCAGCUAUGUUUACAGUGGGGUCAAAUGGGAAAAAUAUGUUCUCAUCUGCUGGAACUGGUCGCAAGAUAAAGACUGCUGUUAGACGAAAGAAAUAAAGGUCACAGUGUGUUGCUCGCAACAGCUUUGACGACAGCUGGCGUGCUGCUUUGAUACUAUGUGCUGGGGUUAUCUGAACUCAGAUUUGCCUAAGGACUAAUUCACUUUUGGAAUUUUCAUCCUUUUUCUUUAUGAAAGUCCCAUCCCUGCCGCUGCCACUUAUAAAAAAAAUAUCUAGACUGCUGACUGAUUUUUCAGCGGAAAUAUUUUGUGAUCCAACAGAUUGAUUAUUCACUGAUUUGGCAUAGUCUGGCUGUACCAGGAAUUAGCCUGCACGGUGAAUGGCUUUGUAUAGAACCUGUUCGUGUGCACCACCAUGUGCGUCAAUAAGCGUUUAUGGAACACAUUGAAAUUGUAACUAUAUCUGAGGAAUUCUGUAUAGAUUAGGAUUCUGUGUAGAUUAGAGGAUGUUGAAAUGAAUGAUUUCUAUGCUGAGUUUGUGCUGGUGUGUGUGUGUGAAGUGAGCGUGUUGGGUGUAUCGUGCGCUAAAAUUUUCUGAUAGAGGAAGCCUGAUUAAAGAGUGGUCCAUGCUAAGGACUUGUUAGAUCUCACUCAUUCUACAUUUAAUAAUUAUAUGCUAUUUCUAUAUUUUCAUUCCUCUAACUAUCACCUGUCUUGCCUUUUUCAUUAUUUUAUUAUGAAACUUGUGUAAAUACAAUUUUGUUUCUGUACUGUUUUGGCAUAACAUAAAGUCUGUGAACUUGAAAUUUUAAUUUUGUGUUAGAACUUUUUUGUUGUUAAAGUCUUGUCUCAGAUUUUAUUAUGUAAAU